AUCAAAUCUGUGUGAGAGACGCAUGUCAUGGCCUCAUCCAGCCAGCUGUGAGGAGACUAGCCCGCCACCCAGUGGGGGAGGGGUGUGUGUGUGUGUGUGUGUGUGUGUGUGUGUGAGUGAUCUCCUAAGGUGAGAGGCAGAGAGUACGGCGAGUGGGAGGGUCUCAUUCCACUUCCAGCGCCCACUUCCAGCACACUCAUCCUGGACACUACAGAGCGCGCUCACACACUCGCACGGGCCUGUGCACUCAGAGCAGCAGGAGAAAGUGUGUGUUGUGUUGUGUGGUUGAGUGAUGGAUCUCGCGCAGUAGAACUUGUACGGACAGGAGCUGUUGGAAUGGCAAACUGCUCGGAAACACUGCAAACUUCAGUCUGAUCAACAUGUCUGAGGCUAUUUGCUGUACGGUGGUGAAUUGCAACUGUGACUGUUUCAUACCAGGUAAACUGAGGCGGCGACUCUGUGAGCACUGCAGACAUGGCUGGGUUGCCCACGCUUUAAGUAAACUGAAAGUUCAUCACAUGUACCAGGGAUGUCAGGUGGAGAUUGUUCACUCCAACGUGGUGUUUGACAUCUGUAGUCUGAUGCUUUAUGGGACCCAGGCAAUCCCAGUACGUCUAAAGAUCCUUCUGGAUCGACUCUUCAGUGUUCUUAAGCAGGAGGAGGUCAUUCAGAUUCUAAACGCACUAGACUGGACAUUACAGGACUAUAUUCGCGGUUAUGUCCUGCAGGAUGUGGCCGGUAAGGUUUUGGACCGCUGGGCCAUAAUGACUUUCGAAGAGGAGAUUGUUACGCUGCAGCAGUUUCUGCGUUUUGGAGAGACAAAGUCCAUUGUGGAGCUGAUGGCUCUGCAGGAUAAGGAAGGACAAGCAGUUGUUGUUCCAAGUACUCGAACCAAUUCUGACAUCCGCAGCUUCAUCGAAAGCAGCAUGCAGCGUUCUGUGCGACUGCCGGCGAAAGCAGAAUCACCCAGCUGUAGUAACGGGCAUCAUUUUGAGACUCUAGUGAACAGUAUGGCCCUCAUGCUGCCACUGCAACUGCUGAAUUCUGCUCCAGUGCCAUUGCUGAGCUCCUGUAGUGAUUCCAGCUGCCAUGAGGCACAAACGAGACAUGAGCCUUCGGAACGAAGCCUCAGCAGCUCUGCUCCAUUCAACAUGGGGCCUGUGAGGGCAGAGGUAAUGCUGGACACAGAAUCUACAAAGAUAGAAGCAGAAGAGUUUAACAUGAGUGGAGACUCCUCUCCCUCCACCCCCUGUACGCCCUCCAUCACCUCUGAAAUCACACAGAUGUCCCCUGAGAACAGGAUGAGGUGUUCGGAGAAGAGCGGAAGCAUGAAAAAGGGUCGUGUGUUCUGCAGUGCCUGUGAGAAAACCUUUUACGACAAAGGCACGCUGAAGAUACAUUAUAAUGCUGUUCAUUUGAAGAUCAAACACAAGUGCACCAUUGAAGGCUGCAACAUGGUGUUCAGCUCCUUACGCAGUCGGAACAGGCACAGUGCUAAUCCAAACCCACGGCUGCACAUGCCGAUGAACCGCAAUAAUCGGGACAGGGACCUCCGGGGCGGUCUGAGCCCGAGGCAGGAAGACGAUGGUGAGGACGAAAAGAGGGAGUUCGGAUCUGUCCCGGAAAGCAGGACCAUCUCGAGUUUCAUCAUCCGCAACUCCGAGACCAAGCUGCACAGCUCUUUCUCCAGCAUGAGUCAGACUGGAAUCCUCUUUCCUAAUCUAAAGACCGUUCAGCCUGUACUUCCGUUUUACAGAAGCCUGGUGACCCCAGCGGAACUGGCUCAUACCCCUGGCAGCCUGCCCUCUCUCCCACUGCUGUCCUCCUCUGUUCCCAUCAAUGCCAGUAACGUGGAGACCAGCUCGGAGCCGGUGCCCAAAAAGAAGUCUAGAAAGUCCAGCAUGCCCAUCAAGAUCGAGAAAGAUGAGUUGGCAACAGAGGAGGAGAUGCCACCCCUCAGCCCCUGUACUGACACAGAAAGGUGUGAUGUCAUCAGCACGGGGCGUGUAACGCAUGGAGGACCUGUGGACUGUGACGUUCGUAAUCAGUUGAGCCCCAACUCGCGCAACACAGAGCUGGAGAUCAGUCAUAUCCUCUCGCAGUCUUCUCCUUCUCGCUACAACACCAAACAGAAGGAGAAUGAAUGCUCUAGUGAGAAAGAACGGGGGUCCCCAGAAUCUGAGGAGCCACCAUGCAGUUCACAAGCAGACCAACCCUGCGGUCACAAUUGUGAAGAGAGAGGGCACAGAUUGACAAAUGUAACAUUGCACAGAAACAUCGCAAGCAACAGUGAAAACUGUGUAGACGGCUGCAGUGAUCCAGAGACCGUAUGCACAGAUGAUAUAGAAGAUGCAUCCCACCCAUGUGAGAUCUGCAAUAAGACUUUCAAAAACCCUUACAGUGUAAAAAUGCAUUAUCGAAACGUGCACUUGAAGGAGAUGCACAUGUGCACUGUGGAUGGCUGCAAUGCUGCGUUUCCCUCCCGUCGCAGCAGGGACCGCCCAACUGGUCUUGAAAAACGUGAAGCUGGCAACACUGCAUCUGGUUCAUGUACAGUGCUCUGCACAUGCGUCAAGUGCAUGGAGGUGUGUGGAGCGCCAAGCAGACUAAGACACAGUGCAAACCUGAAUCUGCACCACAGGCUGUUGACAACAGAUCAUUCAGGAACGUCUUCUCUUCGCAGAGAACAUCCAGACGUCCCUCACAAAGAGUCCCUGAGCCAGAUGUCCGUCAUCUUUAAACGGAGUAACCGCACAGGCCUUGUGUUCCCCAUGAGUAAAUUACUGGAGAGAGCAGAUGAGCCAGUAGAGGACGCAGUGGAGGAAGAAGCCGUAUUAGACCUGAGCACCAGAGGAAGUGCGCACUCUUCAUGGGACUCUGAUGUGGGCAGCGAGGAAGGGCUCCCUCUAGAGGACAGUGAUGAGAGUUGCGAUGGAAUGAGUGUUGACGCGUCCACAUCUCCGCCGUGCCUCAGCCAGCAGUCUCACAGCUCAUCACCCAUUACCUGCCAUAUGUGUCAGAAAGUUUACAGCAACAAAGGCACAUUCAGGGCUCAUUAUAAAACAGUGCACCUUCGCCUCCUUCACAAGUGCAAAGUUCCAGGAUGUGAUACUACAUUCUCCUCUGUUAGAAGCCGCAACAGACACAGUCAGAAUCCAAAUUUACACCGUAACCUUGCAAUGAAUACCUCCCUCAAACAGGAGUAGGUCAAACAUAUUAUUCACACAUAUAUACACAGAGCCAUAUUCUCAUAAAUCUAGUCAUAGAGUCACUCUUGUCCAAUAAGUUUCAAAAGCGCUCUAUAUACUAUGUACUGCACAUUCAAGAGUAAUGUACAUAACUGGAAAGAAACAUCCAUUAAGGACAUGUUCAGAUAUGUUCUUCAUCUCAAACGUGAUUACUACUUAGGACCCUUCCCUUGUAUUUAUUGACUUGUACAGAGCAAGAUAGACACAGAUAUUCCAUAUAGUUUCUCAAUUGUGGGUUAUGAGGUGACAAGUUUUCCAUAUAAAAUAAUUAUUGCAAUGCGAAGUGAAAAAGACACUGUCCAACACAUGAGAAAGCAUAUGCAGAACCAAAACUUUCCUUGCUAUUAUAUUUUAAUUCCCCCCAUUCAUUAUCCAAAGCCACAUAAAGGCCAUGUAUUGAUAUCAUUCCCUGCACUUAUUCAUUGAGGGAACACAUCUUUCCUCAGCAUGAGACUUAAGACAGAACAUUGAUAGAGCAUGAGAGAGUGAGAGAGUGAGUGAGUGAGUGAGUGAGAGAGAGAGAGAGAGAGAGCAACAGUGUUAAAGUGAGUGUUGAAGUAAGCGAGAGAGUGAAUGUAAUUGGGAGAAUAAGCUGUUUGACUGAUGGUGCAGGGCUCACCUCAUCAUUUACUGCAGUGAAGUUUCUUGUAGUAUACAAAUAUGUUGAUUUGCUGUUCUGUUUUUAUUACGAAGCAAUCAGUAAAGAUUUUGUUGCCGUUUGAAUCAAUGUGGUCUUUUAAGAGGCUGUUGUGUUAAGUAAGUUAUUGUGUGUAUGUUUUAUCUUGUUUAAUUUGUUAUUCUUGUGGAGACCAAAGAUUCUUAAUCCAGGAUGGUGUGUGAAGCAGCACAAACAACUAGUACAUCCAAAUGUUUUAGAAACUUCAGGCUGCACACCAUAGUGCCUGUGAAUGCUUUAGCACAGGCUGCUCUGAAGACAUUUGAACACAUUCUUACAAUAUAUACACAAUGAUGUUGCUUUGCUUUUACUUUAUGAAGCACAUGAUGCUUUAGCAAGGUCUGGUUUAAUGACAUUGGACUGAAAAAGCAAAUUAAGACUUUCUGUAGUUAUGCACAUACAUAAAAGAGUCUUACACUGGCAGAGCAACAAACCCAACACAAGCACACAAACCAAUGGUACAUUUAUUUCUGUUUAACUGUAUGUUUUAUGUAUACUGUAUAAUAAUUUGUAACCUAAAAGAAAAAGGAAAAUAUAUGUGCUGUAACUAAAGCAUUCCGUUUACUGUUUCAGAUUUGCAUCAAUUUUAAAAUGAUGUCAGAGAUUUUUGACUCUGAAAUGUUUCAUUUGAUAAGCAGGAAUAACUAGGUUAUAAUACAGAUCUAUACCUAACCUGGAAUCAUUUAUUCAUGUUCUAUUGAAUAUGUUUUGUCUGUGUUAAUAAACAAUUAUUUAAAAACAUCAGUAAUAUUCACCAUUUCACUUUCAGUUAGUUGGAACUAAUUUAAUUUAUGGGUCAUUGAUUUGACACACAUUUAAUUAUUGUGUCCAAACCUAUUAACUUUUUCAUAAAAACAUUCAA